AUGAACGGUAUCACCGAGCCGUUACCUGGCCUCCUUGACGAUCCGCAGUUCCAGAUAACGGAUUUGCCUGCUCUGACCGAUUUUCAAAUCGCUCCCCUGCGUAAUCCAGCUCCUGCUCGUCAUGGAAACGUCCCGCUGCCACUCGAGCCAGGGCCCGGCAACAUCCUCAACAACACUCGGACUACCAAGUCUCUAUCGGAAGACCACAGCGAGAAAAGGAGGGCUCCAAAGAUCACUCCCAAUGACGUCCUGCUGGCUCGGGAAUCAAAGAAACCACACUUGGCCAUUAGCGAGCUGCUGGAAGACAACGAUGGUCAAGACAUUGCACCGAUGCAGCUUCCUUCCUUCAUCAGCCUUUCUGUCGUCGAGAAAUCUCCUAUACAAGCACCCGCUGCUUUGGAACAUCCUCAGUUUCAGAAGCGCCUGAGAGUAGAUGUCGAAAAUGAGCACAUCUCGCUGGAUUUGAUCAGGCGUCUCCCUCGGCCGGCACAGAAAGAUGAACGACAGACUAGGCCGGCACCUAUGCUCCCUGCGAUGGUCACGGGCUUACAUGAGCCGCCCCCGUCCGCAGCACUGCUCCCGUCCAUCGACGUCGACUCUAGGCCUUCAGCUUCACGCUCGAACACAACUUCGAAGAUCCAUGUUAAGGAUAUGCUGACCCAGUCUGUUCAGCAUACAUCUGCACUGCCCACGGCGCUCCUGCCCAGCCAAGCUGACCAAGAUUUGGGCUCGUUCAAACAGUACAGUGCCGCCCACGGGACAUCCUUUCAGGAACUUGUGCCGGCCAAUGCGGAGCUAGCCACAGCGCCGGCACCGUGGAAAGACAAUAAACCUCGACGCGUUCGUCGGAAAUGGUCAGAGGACGAAACAAAAUAUCUGCUGGCAGGGGUGCGAAAGUACGGUGCCGGCAAAUGGAAACAAAUUCUGGAUGAUCCAUCCUUUAAAUUCAGUGAUCGGAGCUCAGUUGAUCUCAAGGAUCGAUACCGAGUCUGCGCAAAUAAUGAGACUGUCCCGAGACUAGAUACUCUUUCUGCCAGGAUAUCCUUUGGCAUGGAACCCUUAUCUGGCCCCGAAGCUCCUGCCACUGCUCAAGGAUCAAUUUCGCCUGACCAGUCUGCCCCCGCGACCUCGCCCAUGGAUCUGGGCCAACCUUCGAAACAACGGCGGAAACGCCGCGCCUGGACUGCGCGUGAGGAUGCCAACCUGCUCAAAGGCGUGGCCAAACACGGGUUUCAGUGGACCGCCAUUCAUGACGACGUUGAGCUUGACUUGAAACAUCGACGAGCUACUGACUUACGUGAUCGUAUCCGCACCAUGUACCCAGACGGAUACAGGCAUGCUGAAAGCGCACCGCUGAGAUCCGAGAUGAAAAGGACCGAGAAAGUUGGCGGACAGAGCUUCACUGCUAGUAUAGCUGGAUCUAGUGGCUCGGGAACGCUUGGAAGGAGCUCUGCAACGGCGACUCCACCGCAGAACGUGGCUAGUUUCACGCACCCCAACUCGAAUACGCCGACACAGAAUCAACCUGUCACUGAGCGGACCAAAUCGUCGGCUUCAUCUGCCAGCAUGAUGAUGUUGAUACACAACACCGAUGGGGAUCGAGAAAAUACAAGAGACAAAGAGAAAGACAAGGAGCGGGAGAGGGACAAGGGAGGGGAGAGGGAUCAACAGCCUGGCGUCACUUUACCCAGCUUCACGCUUGAUGUUGAGGAUGACAUGGAUUGGGAGGAUAAUAGGUUACCCCCACUGCAUGAAUGGGAAGAGAUUGGCAUAUAG